UCACUCGCAACAUUCCCAACAACCACCUCCGUCCCUCUCGCUCCCCACUCCUCACUCUCCGGCGUUCGCUUCCCAAAUCCGAUCUCGGCCAGCCGCCGGCGUCACCUCCCUCCUACUGCGCCGCCAUGGACGAAGUCGUCAGCCAGAUCCUGGAGAAGCAGGUGCUGACGGCCGCGAAGGCCGUGGAGGACAAGCUCGACGAGGAGAUCUCCGCGCUCGACCGCCUCGACCCCGACGACAUCGAGGCCCUGCGGGAGCGCCGGAUCCAGCAGAUGCGCCGCGCCGCCGAGCGCCGCGCCAAGUGGCGCGCGCAGGGGCACGGGGAGUACGCCGAGGUCCCCGAGAAGGAGUUCUUCUCCGCCGCCAAGGCCAGCGAGCGCCUCGUAUGCCACUUCUACCGCGACAACUGGCCAUGCAAGGACCAUAGUUAUGCCCAGUUAAACCCGGCACAGUGGGAGCAAUCGGUGACUGUAAAGGAAUGGUGGAUGCACAUGGGCGCCCUGGCGGGGGUCCCCAAGAAAGGACUCCACUCCCUACUAUUGCUCGUCUCUUGGCAGUUGUGGCUAGAGAGAAACGCUAGAACCUUCCAAAGAAAAGAACGCCCGGCUCAUGUUUUAAUGCUACAGAUCAAAGAAGAGGAUCGUGCUUGGGAGAUGGCCGGCGCGAAGCACCUGGCCGGCCUGUUGGGAGAGAUUUAGGUCUCUUGUUGUGUACAGUUCGGGCAGCCUCCUGCCUGGUUUUUGUUUUUCAGCUCUCCUUUUUUGAGCUCCAAUUUUCUUUGAUCACCAGUCUGCUGGGGCCAGUUACUUGUAAAUCUCUUCUAUAUCAAUAGAAAUGGCGCAAUCUGUUGCCAUUCGUUCCAAAAAAAAAAGAGGUGCAAGAGGGACUGGGGCCGAGUCCUAGAUUAUGUUAUGUGUGCUUGCCGAUCACAGCACAGCAACUAAUUUGAUGCGAGUUUAGGUGGAGAACUUGCGCGACAAGUUCCUCUCAGUUGUUAUCCGAGAAGAUCACAAAAUAUCCAACAUUCAACCUGUUGUGUUAAUCUUUACUUGCAUCUUACAGAAAUUUCUCUUAGCAAUCUCUGUUUAGAAUACUGAUUUGGAGGGUCAGCCAAAAGUUUGAAGCUGACCCUAUCUGAAAAGGAUUUGUACUUGACUAGUGCGUUGAUCAACUCAAAAUACUUGCACACUUAAAGGGGCUUUCAAGUAGAUAUAUGCUGGAUUAUUUUUUAUCAACCCAUUCAAAUGUAUGUCAGGUCUGUGCCUUUAGCAAAAUAUCCCCAAAAUAAUGAUAAUGUAUUGUUAGGAUUUAUCAGUAUGAGCUAUCAAGUGUUGUUUUGGAUAAUUGUUCUUUCACAUCUCGGCCACUUUUGGCACUAUGGCACCACGUAAGAAACAUUCACAAAAGACUUAUAUUCACUAGGAACUCACCGAAGGAUGGCACAGAUAUUAUGUUAUCACUUGCCAGUUUCUUUGUGAGCGAAUGUUAUCACUUACCAGUUUAUGUGCCACUGGUAGACGCGUCCCGCACCAGAGGCAUGUUCUUAGACUUGAAGUGCUAAUGUCCCAGUUGUUGCAAUGCUGCUGCUCAAGCUUUAUUUUUUCAGCCCCUCAUUUGAGUGAGUGCACGUACUGCACCUGUAUUUUAAGUGGGAUUUUGUUGUACUGCACAUUUUAUUUAGCAUUUCAGCAUUUCUUCAAUUGGAAGAUACUUGAUACGUAGCAUAAGCCAAAGGUUUGCACUGAUGUUAUCUGCAUUGAGACAGUUUGUAGAGCCUCCACUAGAGAGGAUGGCCACCUGGGUUCCGAGUACUUCCAGGUUGUGUGGGUAUCCCCCUAGAAAGUUCUAUAUUCCCCUCUCUUUAUGUGUUUUCCCCCUAAAUAAGUUUUUCAAAGCUGAUGGACGGUUUGGAAGCUAGCUUCCUCUCUCUCCCUCUCUCUUUUCUUUUUUCUUUCCUUUUUUUGUGCCAGCUCUAUUUCCGAUGCAAAUGUCAAGUUUGGGGGCAAGUCUCUAGGAAAUGUGUUAGUCUUAGAAGCAGUUGGAGAGUGUUACGUGGUAGGUUAGUAGAUGGGGAGGUGGCUGUGGGAGGAUUAUCGACAAGUGGGUGUCAGUGGGAGAAGAUGAUGACUUGUGAAGGCUAAAACUGACAAUUUGCACAAAUAACAUUUUUUUAAAUGGCUAAUAAGUAUUAUGGUUGGUUGUAAAAGUAGCCCAUGCUACUAAUCAUUUGUGUGAAUCUGUUGAAUCAUGCUUCUGGAUAUUGCUAUAGGCCAUAGAUUGACUUCUUGAGUUUGCAACCCUGAUAACAACCUUUCUAUUUCCAUAUCCAGAAGGGAUAUCCAGAAUUCCAGGUAGAUCUCUUCAUGUAAAUCACCAUGGAGGAAAAUAUCCUUCGCAUCCAACUAUUGAAGGAACCGCUCAAAGUUGAGGAUGCACAAAUCGAUAUUCUUAUCAUUGUUUAUCCUUACCACUUAUGCAAAUGUAUCAUUACAGUUUCUUACAUGUGCUUUAUUAUAACCUUGGGAGUAUUGCGUUCUUGCC